AUGGAGCCCAACGUCGCGCGCUACCUGAACGACAAGCUCUAUGACAAGCGGAAGACUGGUGCGCUUGACCUGGAACGCCAGAUACGCGAGCUUGUCGCAGUCAAAGAUCAUGCACGCAUACAACUCAUCCUCGAGCAACUCCGCAACGAGUAUGCCUACGCCGUGCAUCAGCCUCACGCCCGUAAUGGAGGCUUGAUUGGACUCGCUGCCGCGGCUAUUGCCCUUGGCUCCGAGCUUCCAAGGUACUUGGAGACAAUUGUACCGCCGGUAUUGGCAUGUUUUGGUGACCAGGACGCUCGGGUCCGCUACUACGCAUGCGAGGCUAUGUACAACAUCGCAAAGGUGGCCAAGGGGGAGAUACUUCGCUACUUCAAUCACAUAUUCGAUGCUUUGUGCAAACUAGGCGCAGAUUCGGAGCUCUCGGUCAAGAACGGCGCGGAACUCUUGGACCGGCUGAUCAAGGAUAUUGUAGCUGAAUCAGCUGCCACCUAUGUCAGCAUUUUGGAGACCAAGGACCCAGAUGAUCCGGACCAGGGAGAACUACCGACGGCGUUCUCUCUGCCACGAUUCAUUCCCUUGUUGAAGGAGAGGGUUUGGGUCAACAACCCGUUCACGAGGAUCUUCCUCGUCGGCUGGAUCACACUACUCGAUAGCAUACCUGAUCUUGAGCUUGUAGCAUAUCUCCCAGACUUCUUGGGUGGACUGCUCAAGUUCUUGAGUGGAAACAACCCCGACGUUCAUGCGGUCACACAAACAUGUCUGGACAAGUUUCUGAACGAGAUCAAGCGGAUCGCCCGCGUAAAAAAGGGCAUCACUGAGAGCAAGCGGUCCAAAGGCGAUGGGAAGCGCAAACGCGAGGAGUCAGUCGAUAGCGAUAGCGUGCACUACGACCGUGAUGAAGACGACGAGGAUGGGGGCUCAGCGACAGCUCACGACGAUGACGACGAAGUCAGUAGCGAAGACGACUGGAUUCCCGGACAGGAUGUCCAAAUCAACUUCAAGGCGAUUCUCGAGAUAUUGACUGCCAACCUCGAUGCGCCACUGGAGGAGGACAGCUUGCUGGAGAGCUUGCGGUGGAUUGUGACGUUUCUCGACAUCAGUCCGGAGGAGGUCUUACCGUUCACCCCAAAGAUCUUGGCUCACCUUCUUCCUGCCAUGGCCAGCGGCGUCGAACCCAUCCGCCAGGCUGCUUCGAGAGUCAACACGUCGCUUCUGGACUACAUCGUGCAGCUCGCGGACGAAACGGACGUUUUUCCGAACCAGGCUCCCUCUCGCGUCCAAUCUUCUCUCAAUAUCGAGCGUGCAGACGGCCCUCCCAGUGGUCGUGUAUCGCUAUCAAGCUCACGCGAUGUCGAGCUGCGUAGCCCCACACCAGCACAUGCUCGCCACAACUCGACGACGGCUAUCGCAGAAAGCCCGCAGCCCGACCUGGACUACGCAGCGGCCGUGAACUCGCUGACAUUGCUCUUCCUCAACGACCAUGAAGCUACUCGCGUUGCCGCUUUAACAUGGCUGAUCAUGCUUCACCGAAAAGCACCUCGAAAGAUCAUCGCUUUCAAUGAUGGCACGUUCCCGGCAUUGCUCAAGACACUUUCAGAUCCGGCCGAGGAGGUUGUCAAGAAGGACCUGAAACUCUUGACACAGAUCGCCAGAAACAGUGAAGACGAUUACUUCACAAACCUCAUGGUCAAUCUUCUUCAGCUCUUCUCCACAGACAGGCGACUCCUUGAGACGCGAGGCAAUCUCGUCAUCCGUGAGCUGUGCGACAACUUGAGCCCUGAGCGUAUCUAUCGCACCCUCGCGGAAACGAUAGAGAAGGAGGAGGAUGUGGAAUUUGCAAGCAUCAUGAUUCAGCAUCUCAACAACAACCUGAUCGGGGCGUUAGAACUUGCCGAUCUAAGGAAACGUCUGCGAAACCUCGACUCAAAGGAUGGGCAAGCGAUAUUCGUUGCCCUUUUCCGUUCCUGGUGCUUCAACGCAGUUGCGACUUUCUCGCUGUGUCUUCUUGCGCAGGCAUACGAGGCAGCCUACAACCUGUUGCAGAUCUUCGCGGAGCUCGAAAUGACUGUGGAAAUCCUUAUCCAAAUCGACAAGUUGGUGCAGCUCAUAGAGUCUCCGGUCUUCACUUACCUCCGGCUCCAAUUGCUCGAGCCGGAAAAGUACCCGUUUCUGUACAAGUGUCUCUACGGACUACUAAUGCUUCUGCCACAAUCAUCUGCGUUUGCUGCACUCAAGAAUCGUUUGAACAGUGUCAGCUCAAUAGGCUUUCUACACAUUGCUACCCCAAGAUCUUCUGUCAGUGCCGCCAGUUCGUCAAGCUACGACCGGCCGAGCCGGCUCGGUGCCAAGGGGCGCGAGGAAGGCAAUAUCAAAUGGGACCAGCUUCUGGAGAAGUUCCGGAGCGUACAGGACAAGGCUCGCAGAGCGCGAAGGAUGAAGGGUGGCGGCAACUUUGAUGAUACCCCUGCAUUUAGCGAACUUCCCCCAGUUGAAGGUCAUGGCACCGGCGCUGCUCAGAGGCCAGCUUUGGGCCCUCCCGUGCCACAGAAGGACAGCACACCAGCAUCAGCGACACCAAAGCGGACUUCCGGCCUCGGCAGACAGUUUGGUCGUCUUGGCGCAUCUGUUGCUGGGCGAGGCAAGAGAGGUUGA